CUCUUUUCAGUAUGCGACGUGUACUUAAACUAACACAGCUGAUAUUUAAACGUCAAAAGAAGUUGCGACUAUCGACUAAAAGCAGCAUAAACAAAAAUUAAACAAGGGAUUAUUUAAUAUUAUUACUAGAAUUCGAAUAAAUAACAAAAAAUGAAUCCAACCGGUAACCCAAACGAUUUUUACAACCAAGCGCCACCAGCAUACAAUUUCCAAAUGCCAGAUCAAGAAUUUUCCUUCCAGACUUUUGAUAACACGCAAACAUCUGUGCCACCAAAUUAUGAUAACUAUGCAUCUGCAAACCAGUCAAUGGGUUCAUUCUACAAUCCAAAUGAGUACGUUGAUUCUUCAAUUUCGCAAAAUAAGACUACAGACGGUAAUGAUUUCGAUGACGAGCCACCUUUGUUGGAAGAAUUAGGCAUAAAUCCACAGCAUAUAUUUUUAAAAACACUAGCUGUACUCAAUCCUAUGCGUGGUGCAGACCAACAAAUUUUACAAGAUGCAGAUAUGGCUGGUCCAUUGGUGUUUUGUCUUGCACUAGGUGGCUGUUUACUAUUAAGUGGCAAAGUAACUUUUUCAUACAUUUACGGUAUCGGCGUUAUGGGCUGCAUUGCCUUCUAUUGCCUAUUGUCGCUGAUGGCUGUACGCGCACAAGUUACUUUUGGCGCUGUAGUCUCUGUUUUGGGUUAUUGUUUGCUGCCUAUGGUCGUCUUGUCUGGCAUUAAUGUUUUGAUUACCAUACAAGGUACUAUCGGUUUGAUUGUUGCUGCAAUCGCAAUUAUUUGGUGUGCAAUGUCAGCUUCGAAACUGUUUGUGACUGCAUACUCUAUGGACCAUCAACAGGUGUUGAUAGCCUAUCCGUGCGCACUUCUAUAUGGUGUUUUUGCAUUAAUUACAAUUUUUUAAAAUUAUAAGCCAAAUGUGGUAAAUACUUGACUAAAAAAUUAAUAAAGGAAUAGUAAUAGUUUUAAAUA